CGCAAAACUCAAAUCCACAGUAUCACUGUCUUUUCAGUACAGAAUUCACAGAAUGAGCAUACAGGAUGCAGUGCAAUACUGUAAAGCAGUCCCAGAACACUUUGGAGUCAGAACAGAUGAUCUGUUGAUUAACUUCUGCAGGGUUGUGCCUGAAAAGUUCUGCGUUGCGUUGUACAGCGCCGGUCACAAAGACUGGAGAUCAUUUGGACGUGCAGCACUGGACAUGGAAGCUAAGCUUCAUGUCCAGGCCCCCUCCAGUGACAGGAGGAGAGGCGCCUUCCCUCGCGGUGGCAGAAAGGGAAAGGCGGCCUUUGCAUAUGCGGGGUCUGGGUCAGCCUCUGACACAGGUUCCCAGCCUGGUACACCGCCAACUGGGACUGUUUCAGCUGCUGUUCCAGAUGUUGCAGCAGUGGUCCAGCAGCUGCAGGCUGCGCUGGGGGCCUUCCAAAAGGCCGGAUCUGCCUCCAGCACAGCCUCCAGCAGUAAGGGGAAGAGCCAAGGACGUCGCUCUUCAACCCCUGCCCGGCGCCCUAAUUUGCCACGUGACGUCCACUUCCCAGCAGACCCUCUGAACCCCAACACUCUCCCAUGGCAUGAUCUGAAGAUCCAGGAGGGAGUGUGGAGGAAGAGGAAGGAGAGAGUUGUCUGCUUGAGCUCAGUCAAAAAACUGAAGCUGAACCUGGAGACAGCAGUUCCCUCCAGUGCUGCAACUGCAUCUGCAGCUGCAGCAGCUUCAGUUGAGACUUUUUCCUUCCCAUCCAGUGUGGGAGCUGCGCGGGCAGCAUCCUUUACCUAUGAGGAUCCUGACCCGGAUCAGGAACCGGACCAGUCUAAGUGUCAGGCUCUUGCUGCUUUUUUCUUUCAUUUGAAAGAACAAAAGCAGAACAAGUCUGAUCUCAUCCUGCUUCGGCCCCUGAUCAACCAUCGUAGGAUCAAAGGGCUACUAGACUGUGGAGCCACUCGCAACUUCAUGUCUCCCAGUGCAGUCCAAAAACUGCAUCUGGGCAUGAAAGUGGUGCAGCUGCAGCAACCGCUGCAGGUCCGCAUUGGGGACUCCACUGUUCUGACCAUCAGGGAGAAGGUUAGGGGCAUCCUUGUUACCUUCGACAGUGCUGGAGAAGUCAGACAUAGUCUGAACUUCUACAUCUUCCCUGACCUACCCUUUGACCUUGUGUUCUCUAUGCAGUGGCUGAGAGCAGUCAACCCAAGGAUCGACUGGCAGAUCCCCAAGGUUGAACUGCCAAACAGCAAGGGGGUAUAUCAGCCUUGUAUGCUUGCAGCUGAUUACCACCCUCAGACACCUUGCUUCUGCCUGAGAGCGAGAGAGUUCUAUACUCUCUCUCGCCAGUAUGAUCAUGAGCAUCUGUUCAUCGCCCUGGUAAAGCAGACAGACGCUCCCUCUACUCCCUGUCCUCCUGAGAUACAGCAGGUUGUGGACCAGUAUGUUGAUAUGAUGCAGGAGCCCUUUGGGUUACCCAGCCGGCCAACCAAGCAUCGUAUUGAGCUGCUGCCUGGAGCGGUCCCUCCCAAGGGCCGCAUCUACAAGAUGUCACCUGCUGAGCUCGAGGAGCUCAGGCGACAGCUUGAGACCCUGACCAGCAAAGGCUGGAUCACGCCCAACACUUCUGAAUUCGGUGCUCUAGUCCUCUUUGUCCCAAAGGGGAGUGGGGAAUUCAGAAUGUGCAUCGACUACAGGGGUCUCAACAAGAUCACUAGGAAGAGCACAGAGCCACUUCCUAGGAUCGACGACCUUCUGGAUAUGGUCCAGGGCUACCCAUCUUCAGCAAAGUCGACCUCAAAUCUGGCUACCACCAGAUUGAGAUGGCAGAGGAGGACGUCCACAAGACGACCUUCAAAACCAGAUCUGUUGUACACUUACAGCAGAGGAGAGGAACGCUUGUGCAUCCCUGAGGACCAGCAGUUGAGGACACUGCUGAUGUCAGAGUGCCACGAUGCGCAUGGACACUUUGGGUUCCUAAAGUCAUAUGCAGCCCUGUCGCAGCGCUUCUUCUGGAAGGAGAUGCGGAGUGAUAUGUUGCGCUAUGGGGAUACAUGUGAGCUCUGCCAAAGGAACAAGGUUCAGCAGAAACCUCCUUUGGGAUUGCUCAAACCUCUGCCCAUACCUGAUGGUCCUGCCCAAUCUGUAUCCAUUGACUUUACAGACUUAGGCAAGACUACCCCUCGUGGCAUGCGUCAGGUCAUGGUCUGCGUGGACAGGUUCUCCAAAUACGCAGAGUUCAUCCCCUUGCCAGAGGUAGCCAGGGUACCGGCUGUGAGAGCAGCCUUUUCUGAGAGGUGGGUCACACACCAUGGACCGCCCACCUCUAUUGUCAGUGAUAGAGACCCCAGAUUCUGCAGCGAUGAGCGGCAGUCCUAUUGCAAGGACUAUCUGCAGUCACGCCUGGACAUGACUUCUGGUCGUCAUCCUGAAGCCAAUGGAUUGGCCGAAGUGAUGAACCAGGUCCUGUUCCAUUUGCUACGUCAUGUGAUCUCUCCUGAUCAGCAGGACUGGGAUCUCCACUUAGCGAGGGCACAACUCAUGUAUAACAUGUCUGUCCACUCCUCGACAGGGUUAAGUCCCUACCGGUUACAUUGGGGACGUGAACCACGACAGCCUCUCGAUGAUAUCAUCGAUAAGGCUAAGCCUGACCUUACCCCAGGCACUGCAGAGUUCGCCAGACGCUAUCAUCUGGAUGUGGAGAGAGCCCGUGCGAACUUGUUCAAGGCCCAAAAGGCCAUGAUUGAACAAGCAAACCGCCACAGACGACCUUCCCCUAUCCGCACUGGUGACUAUGUAUGGGUGGCCAGUUCUGAGUUGUCGAGGGAGGAGGAUAUCUCUCCCAAGCUACUGCCACGCUACGUGGGUGAUGGAUGCACCCGAUUGUGUGUCGUUAUCGGAAUCCAUAGUGCAAUUCUGUUGCGCCAUGGCAUCGGGUGUGAUCCCAUGGGCGACGCCGAGAUGGUGGAUAAGGAGAAGGACGGGAGGGACAUGGGAGGAUCUCCGACAGGUUGACGAUGCGGCGGCGGGCUACUACAAGGAGAAGCUGUGGAGUGGAGUAGUCAAUGGCGCGCGUCGGCUGUCUGCUGGAGGUUUCCCGCCUGUCCAUCGUCGUCUUCCUCACCGUUCGUCGUUUUUGUCUGCUGCCAGGACCUUGCACAACGACGCACACGUGGAACAACACGACAAGGAGCAGGAGGAGAGUGGCCAGCAGCAGGAGGAGGAACCGUCGGAGGACGUUUGCCAUGAAUGGCAACUUGCGAGGCGUGUACCAAAACAAAGCUUGCAUCAAUGC